AUGUCGGGCAAGUCUACCGGCGUCUCGGUGGCUGAAAUGCCCCAUACAACCAUCGAUGAUCUGCAGGAACUCAAAGCGGCACAUGAAUUCGAUCCUAAUCUUCCGAGCGAGAUCGAGAAAGAGUUAGACGAAGCCCUAGCGGCAGGAGAUGCUGAGAUCAAGGGCCAUAUCGUUGGAGAACUGAUUGAGAAUUCUCCAUAUCCCGAGGUUUGUGCUGCUGUCCCGAACUAUGAUGAAGGAGGCACGGGCAAUACCAUUCGCGCCUGGACCUUGGGUCUCAUCUUCGCUACUAUUGGCUCUGGCCUCAACGCCCUGUUCUCUCUACACAGUCCUACCAUUUCUAUCACUUCUUACAUCGCUGAGGUCGUUGUAUUCCCCUUUGGUGUGGCCUGGGCUCGCUUCCUCCCCAACCUUACUUUUACCUUAUUCGGCAACAAGCUUGAGCUCAACCCCGGCCCCUUCACAAAGAAAGAACAUGCUGUCAUCACAAUUAUGGCCAACGCAACUUUCGCCGGUGGUUUUGCGUAUACCCUCGAUAUCAUUACUGCACAACGAGGCUUCUAUGGACAACGCUACGGAUGGCCUUUCGAAAUCUUCACAACGAUUUCGACUCAAACGUUGGGAUUCGGCUUGGGUGGAGUGUUGCAUCGCUUCCUGGUAGAGCCUCCUGCCAUGAUCUGGCCCUCUAACCUUGUCAACACUACCCUGUUUACAGCUAUGCACGAACGUGGGCUCAAUGCACCAGACCCCGCCAAGACAGCUGGCUGGACCAUCAACCGGUAUCGCUUGUUUAUGUAUAUCAUGAUCGGCGCCUUCUGCUGGUACUGGUUCCCGGGCCUGAUCGCCCCCUUCCUCAGUGUGUUUGCCUUUGUCACUUGGAUUAAGCCAAACAACGUUAUCGUCAACCAACUAUUUGGCGGAGCUACUGGUAUCUCACUGAUCCCUAUCUCUUUCGACUGGUCUAUCAUUUCCGGCUAUGUGACUAGUCCUAUGACCUCCCCUUGGUUUGCCAUCGCCAACACUCUAAUUGGCAUGGUCGCCUGGUUCUGGAUCCUCACCCCGGCGCUGCACUAUUCCAACAUUUACUAUGGCAAGUUCCUGCCUAUGUCAGACUCGGAUAGCUACGACAACACGGGUCAAGUCUACAACGUCACUCGCAUUUUGACAUCUGAAUACACCUUUGACUUGGCAAAGUACGAGAACUACUCGCCGCUUUUCCUCUCCACCACAUUCGCUCUAUGUUAUGGUCUGUCCUUCGCUGGCCUGGCUGCUGUUAUUGUUCACGUUAGCCUGUUUCAUGGCAAGGAGAUCUGGCACCGCAUGCGGGCUGUGGGACAAAAGGACGAGGAUAUUCACGCUCGACUCAUGGCGAAAUAUGACACAGUGCCCAUCUUGUGGUAUCUUGCCGUUCUUGUCAUCAUGACAGCUAUCGGAUUGGCAGUAGUACUUUCCUACCCCACCCAUAUGUCUUGGUGGGCCUUUUUCAUCUCUAUCAUUAUUGCCUUGGUGUGGACGCUGCCUAUCGGCAUGAUUCAGGCUACCACUAACAUCCAACUUGGCCUGAACGUUGUCACUGAGUUCAUUGUCGGUUACAUUCAGCCUGGCAAGCCAAUGGCAAUGAUGCUUUUCAAGACAUAUGGUUAUAUUUCUAUGUCUCAAGCAUUGUACUUUUGUCAAGAUAUGAAACUUGGCCAUUAUAUGAAAGUGCCCCCUCGUGUUACCUUUUGGGCACAAAUGGCUUCCUGCAUCUGGUCCUCAGUGGUGCAAGUGGCAGUGCUUAAUUGGGCAUUUGGAAGCAUCACAGAUAUUUGUUCUGAGACCCAGGCAAACAAGUACACAUGCCCGAACGGACGUGUUUUCUUCAAUGCCUCUGUGAUCUGGGGUGUCAUCGGUCCGAAGCGCAUGUUCUCUAUCGGUCAGAUGUAUGCCACUCUCCAGUGGUUCUGGCUUGCGGGUAUCGCCCUUCCAAUCCUCAUCUGGCUCGCCGCUCGCAAAUGGCCCCAGAGCCGGGCUAAGUUCCUGAACGCGCCCGUCAUUUUCAGUGGAACAGGAAUGAUCCCUCCCGCUACCCCGCUGACUUAUCUUAUGUGGGGCACUGUCGGGUUCGUCUUCAACAAGUAUAUCCGUAACCGCUGGCGUGGGUGGUGGAUGGAGUACAACUAUGUUGUAUCCGCUGGGCUGGACGUUGGUACUGCCUUGUGUCUGAUUGUUAUGCUUUUCGCUAUCAGUCUGAGCAAGUCAUCUUUCCCGACCUGGUGGGGUAAUGGCAAGGCCCUGGCGACCAUGGACUACACCGAUACCGCUAUCCAGGUUCAACUGCCUAAGGGUCAGACCUUUGGACCGAAAGUUUGGUGA